CUCCAUAGGAUAGAAUACGUCCACAGUCGUCAUCUAAUCUACCGCGACGUCAAGCCAGAGAAUUUCCUAAUAGGGAGAAGCACGACGAAGCGAGAGAAGAUUAUUCACAUAAUAGAUUUUGGACUGGCCAAAGAGUACAUAGACUUGGAAACGAACAAGCAUAUACCAUAUCGGGAACACAAGAGUCUGACGGGGACUGCGCGCUACAUGAGCAUCAACACCCAUCUAGGAAAAGAACAGAGCAGGAGAGACGACCUGGAAGCCUUGGGCCACAUGUUCAUGUACUUUUUGCGGGGGAGUCUGCCAUGGCAAGGAUUGAAGGCCGACACCCUGAAGGAACGGUACCAGAAAAUCGGAGACACGAAGAGGGCCACCCCGAUCGAGGUCCUCUGCGAAGGCCACCCCGAAGAGAUGGCCAACUACCUGCGCUACGUCCGGAGAUUGGACUUCUUUGAGACGCCGGACUACGAGUACCUGAGGAAGCUCUUUCAGGACCUAUACGAUCGGCGCGGGUUCCUUAACGACGGAGAGUUCGACUGGACAGGCAAGACAAUGCCAGCUAACUUCGAACAACUCAGAGCGUUAAGAAUGGCGGCGCCAUCUCACAUAGGAAAGACCAAGUCCGACAAGUCCACCCCGGUCGGAUCGUUGCAGACAGGACACGAAAUUAUAGUAUCACCGAACCGCGACCGACACCCUGCCACUUACAAGGACAUCGAAGGUGGAGGGGUGGGAGGAGGGGGCGGUAAAGGGGUGGGAACCACGUGGCCCGACGCCGUCAAGCAAUCGGGAGCCGGGGGCACGUUGACGCCCGCCGACAGACACGGUUCCGUACAGGUGGUAUCAUCGACGAACGGGGAAUUGGCUAAUGAUGAUCCCACUGCUGGUCAUUCCAAUACUCCAAUUACUGCACCUCAAGAGGUCGAAAUGAUCGACGAAACCAAUGUUUGCUUCAUUUCCAGAUGUUGCUGUUUCUUCAAGCGGAAGAAGAAAAAGAGUGGAAGGCAGAAAUGACUGUCGGUGACUGUCGGGCUCGGGGGGACCGUACAGUGCGCGGAAAUAAGUGCCGGAGUGCACGGAGGCGCCAGAUUCGUCGGCGGGAAGUCGGGAAGGCGAGGAGGAAGCGGCGACCGGAAGCGAGACCUCGAGCGGGAGGCCGUCACCCUCCUGAGGGCAGGAAGUCGCUCGGCGUCCCGAGAUUCGGUCCUGCACCCCACCCUCACUGUCACGCCGACUCCUACACCACCACCGUUGUCAAAUUGAGAGCCACGAAAUGCGAUCCUGGCAAGCACUUGCUGCCGAGGUACCACUAUUCUUACUCAAUCGUUGCGCGACAGCCACAGUCCUCGUGAUCGUCCUCAUCGUCGUGGUCGUCGUCUUCGAUGUCACCCUGGCUGUUGUCUCAUCUCGCCAUCGUUGCUGUAUCUCCCCCAGUGCUGGGUGAAAUGCCAUUGGAAAGAAUAUUUCAAGGGAAGACUUUACUUCUAACAAGGAAGGUACCUGAGGUGUCCCCCUCCGAUU